UUUUUCUUCUCGAACUCGUUGAUUUGAGUGCCUCUGGCCAUCAUCCAGCACCUCAUUAGCCCUGUUCUCGGGUCAUCUCCAGUCAUUCCUUCGCUUUUCAGACUGCCUCAAAUGCCUUUAAUAUAGACCUGAUAUCAUCAUGGCGCCGCGUUUACGAACUUCUCGCCUGCCCUCCUCCGUCUCCCCCUGUUCUUCGUCCGUACCGCAGUGUAUCUCGGUCCCCGCCUGCACCUCCAGGGCUUUCUCUCAGACAACGUCGCGGCAGGUCACAGCCAGGCGGCGGAAAUUCUAUGAAUGGCUCAAUGGCCCCGGCAGACAACUGAAGGACCCACUCCCAGGCUCAACAAACUACCUAGGUGCGUACGACAGGUACGGUAACCUUAUACGAGCGCGUCCGGGAUACCAGAGGCCAUCUCGCGAUCAGGCUGCCAAAGCGCAAGAGGAGGGAGCAGAGAAGGAGUCGGAGGAAAAGGAGAAAAUUCCUGGCGGUCAGGACAAUGUUGACGAGUUGGACAUGGCGGCUCGGAGAGACGCGGACAGCAAGGAUCCGGACAAACUCCCACCAGAGACAGAGGAAGACCUGAGGCCAUUUCCGCUCAACAGAUACUUCCGGAGUCAACCAGUCUUGAGUGAGGAAUUGAGAGAGGCGAUAUACCAGAGAGUCACGCGAGAUGGCACAACGGUAUCGCUUGCAAGCGUCGAGUUUGGCGUGAGCAACGAACGAGUUGGAGCCGUGGUUCGGUUAAAGCAGAUGGAGAAGGAGUGGAUCGCGCAGGGUAAGAAGCUGGCACUUCCUUAUGCCAAGGCUGUGCUGGAUAUGCUUCCCACGACGCCUUACGUUGACCCAUCACUUCCCGAGAACCGUGGAAAGAGACCUAUUCCCCACGAACCCAUCAACGAUCUCAUCGUACACCCAGCUACUCGCCAGCAACUGUUCGUUCCUGUCGCAGAGUCCCGGCAAUUUACGCGUGUAGACGCCGGAAAGGCAUUUGAUAACAACCUCCUCCCUGCAGAUGAGCGCAUUCCGCACCCCGAGCUUGUGCUGGCUGAGCGCGAGCUAGCUGCCGGCCUCAGCUUCGAGGAGCGCAGACGGUUAGCCGAAGAGCGCCUGGCGAAGGAGCAGGCGAAGAAGAAGGCGGAGGAAGAGCGGAAGCAGGCCGAGCUGGCGAAACUCAAGACGGUACCUAAGAGGAGGUGGGACUUUGUGUUCCAAGAUAUCAGCGUUGAGCAUGCCGGCAAAGAUGGCCGCGGACCCAAGGGGGUUGGCUGGAGGUACGGAUUCCCACAUGAGGAUCGUAAGAAGGGACAGGUCAAGAUACCCACAAAGGUGGAAGCGUAAGACCAUUGUUUGUACGAUAUGUAUCACCCUGUAUAUGUACAUGUGGCGUGCGCAGAGCGCACGUUGAUUACCGUUUGGGUAUCGCGCCGGCGUAGGAUCUGUUCACGCCCGCCAUCAAGAAGUCGGUCCAUAUCUCUCUGUAAUCCACAAAUCACCGAUACGAGAUCUUCUGACCGCCUCUCUUCUCCAACUUUUGUUGCCUCUUGCUCGUCGCCGCCUGUGGCUGAGGCACACCGGCCGCGUCCGUGUACCCUUGCCUCACCCCCAUAAAAGUGGUAUAUGCCAGGUAAACCGAGUACAGCGGAAUGAUCCCCCACAACCACCACGCGCGAUCUCCCACGGUAGCAGCG